AUGCCAGAUGGUAUCGCCAUCAGUAAGAAGCAUGGCCGAAUAUUUUGGACGCAAAUGGGUAAUCCUGGUUCAAAUGACGGCUCGUUAAUGUCUGCCAAUCUCGACGGCGGCGAUGUCAGGUCUCUCUUGCCUAACGGGGCAGUCAACACUCCAAAGCAGAUCGUAAUUGACGAGGACGUCGGCAAACUGUAUUUCUGCGAUCGAGAAGGCCUUCGUGUGUAUCGCUGCAACCUGGACGGCAGCGACCAAGAGAUAUUGGUGCAGACAGGAGAUUGGCAGCUGAAAAAGGACCAGACGAGAUGGUGUGUCGGUAUUGCUUUGAGCAAGAAGCUGAAUAGAGUCUUCUGGACGCAAAAAGGCGCGCCCAAAUCCAAGCAAGGCCGAAUCCUUUGUGCAAGUCUGGACAUACCCAAAGGCGAGACACCUCAAACCCGACAGGACAUCGAGCUAGUAGCUGGAGGCCUUCCAGAGCCGAUUGAUUUAGAGCUUGACGAAAGUGGGCCAGCGCUAGUUCUGUAUUGGACGGAUCGUGGAGAAUUCCCAUUCGGCAACACGCUCAACAAGAAGACUCUAGUCGGCAGCGAGGUCCCUAAUGCUGAGAAGAAGCUGGGAAGACAAAUUCUUGCAGAAGGCUUUGCAGAGGCGAUUGGCCUCGCAUUGGACCACGACAAUGACUGCAUCUGGGUGGCUGAUCUCGGCGGUCGCGUGUGGAAAUGCGAUAUGCACAAGCCGGCAAAGAAGGUCAAAGUGUAUGAGAGCGAAACCAGUGUGUUCACGGGGCUGGCGAUUGUUUGA